GACCCGUCGCCCGAACACGGAGGCGCCGUCGGGCUGUGGCGCGCGGCAGAUUAAGAUGGCGGCGCCCAGCACGACGGAAAACUCCUGAGGGACCGGCGGAGAUAUUUUUUUUUUAAACCCUUCACGGCGAUCUAGCACAUGAAAAUAGAGCUUAAGUUCCUUGCAUCCGAAGGAGAAGGAGAAACAAAUCUGAAGAGGAAAAACGGCACUAAACAAUCCAGCAAGAACCCAAUACAGGAGGAACAAUGCUGAGGAGUUUGAGAAAACUCAUCCCUCGGGGAUACCAGCUGGAACAGGAUGGCUUUCUCUAUCCCAGAACCUGGCAGAGGGCAGUGUCAACUCAAAACGUCCAGCUUCCACCAGAAAUGCUCAGAGCGGCCCUUGUUACCAGCCAGAACGACCCAGCCAAACACGGUGAAGAGCACCUAGGUCAAUAUUACACCAUUUCUCCUGAGGAAGUGAAGGAGGCCCUUCCUCACGGGCUACCAGCACGCUUCAAACUCCAGAUGAAAACCUUCAACGAAGCUUGCGUCAUGGUCCGACAGCCGGCGGUGGAACUGAUCACCUACUUAAAACACACCAACUGGUCUCAUCCAGCCGUCCGGUAUCUCCUCUAUGGAGAGAAGAGUACAGGAAAAACCAUGGUUCUCUGCCACGCCGUGCAUUAUUGUGCAAGGCAGAAUUGGGUCAUCAUUCACAUUCCAGACGCUCACCUCUGGGUGAAGAACUGCAAAGAACUGGUCCCAUCUUCUUACAAUAACGAGCGGUUAGACCAGCCCGUGGAGGCCGCAAACUGGCUGAAGAAUUUCAGAACCACCAAUGGAAAGCUUUUAGCCCAGAUCAAAACCAAACAGAAGUACAUAUGGGGCAAGAGAGACGUCACUGAAGAAGGCUGUUCGCUGAGCGACUUGGCUGAGAAGGGCUUGGCUUGGGUGACGUACGCCAGCGAUGUUGUCGGGGUGAUCUUGAAAGAGCUGAAGCGGCAAUCUGGCCAGGGAUCCUUCCGACUGCUGGUGGCGGUGGACGGGAUCAACUCCCUUUGGGGGAAGACGACGUUGAAACACAACAAGCAGACCGUUUCCGUGGAGGAGCUGACGCUGAUACACAAUCUCAGGAAGAUGGUGGAGAACGAUUGGGCAGGAGGGUCCAUCGUGGCCACGCUCAGCCAGACAGGAGCGCCCUUCACGCCUCGACCGCUUUACUUACCGCAUGAGUUGCUGGGACGGGUGAGUGGGGAGCUGGUUUGAGGGAAAACGGCCCUU